CUGCUGCUGCUGCGGGACCAAGCAGCUCGUUCUUCGGGCAGGGAGCAGGGAUCAGCCCGGAGAAAGCAGCGGCGCUAUUCGGCUACUGCCUAGAUGUGCACAACCUCUGGAAUAACCGCGCGCUGGAGCACCCACAACAGACCACCGUGGAGGAGCGGGACUGCGCGUAUCUGAAAAGGGACCGAGCCAGGGCGCAAGCAUGGCAGUGGAAGAGGAAGGACUUCGGGUGUUUCAGAGCGUUAAAAUAAAAAUAGGUGAAGCUAAAAACAUCCCUCCAUACCCCGGGCCAAACAAGAUGAGAGACUGUUACUGCACCGUCAACCUGGACCAGGAAGAAGUGUUCAGGACCAAGAUCGUGGAGAAGUCACUUUGUCCGUUUUAUGGGGAGGACUUUUAUUGUGAAAUCCCGCGCAGCUUCAGACACCUCUCCUUCUACAUCUUUGACAGGGACGUCUUCAGGAGGGACUCCAGCAUCGGGAAGGUUGCAGUGAAGAAAGAGGAUCUGCAGAAGUACCAUGGGAAAGACACCUGGUUUCCGCUCCAACCUGUCAGCGCUGACUCAGAGGUUCAGGGUAAAGUGCACCUGGAGCUGCGUCUGAGUGAAGUCAUCACAGACAGUGGAGUCAUCAACCAUAAACUGGCCACACGAGUGCUCGAGUGCCAAGGACUGCCCAUAGUCAACGGACAGUGUGACCCCUAUGCUGCUGUGUCUCUGCUGGGACCCUCAAGAUCAGAGGCCAAAAAGACUAAAGUGAAAAGAAAAAACAACAAUCCACAGUUUGACGAGGUUUUCUACUUUGAGGUUACGCGACCAUUGAGUCACACAAAGCGGCAAUUUGACGUAGAAGAAGAGGAUGUAGAUAAAUUAGCAUUAAGGGUGGAUCUGUGGAACGCCAGUAACCUGAAGUUUGGAGAUGAGUUUUUGGGUGGGGUCCGUGUUCCUCUCAGGGUCCUGGGACAAGCAGGGGUCCAUGAUGCCUGGUACUUCUUGUUGCCCAGAGAGAAUGGGGGGAAGUCUGUGAAGGUGGAGGAGCUGGGAUCACUGCGUCUGAACAUCGUUUACACUGAAGACCAUGUUUUUCCCUCAGAGCACUACACACCACUCAGAGACCUGCUGCUGCACUCUGCCAAUGUGGAGCCCGUGUCGGCAUCCACGGCUCAUAUCCUGGGGGAGGUUUGUCGGGAGAAGCAGGAGGCCGCCAUCCCUUUAGUGCGUCUCUUUCUUCACUACGGCAAAAUCGUGCCUUUUAUCAGCGCCAUUGCCCACGCAGAAGUCAACAGGACACAGGAUCCUAACACAAUUUUCCGAGGAAAUUCACUGACAUCCAAGUGCAUUGACGAAACCAUGAAGCUUGCAGGAAUGCACUAUCUUCAAGUCACGCUCAAACCGAUCAUAGAUGAGAUCUGUACAGACCAUAAACCUUGUGAAAUCGACCCGGUCAGGCUGAAAGAAUCGGAGAACCUGGACACAAAUAGGGAAAACCUUCGUCAGUACGUGGACCGAAUCUUCAACGUAAUCACCACUUCAGGCGUACGUUGUCCCACCGUCAUGUGUGACAUCUUCUUUUCUUUGAGGGAAUCGGCUGCCACGCGUUUUCAAGUCGACCAAGACGUCCGAUACACCGCUGUGAGCAGUUUUAUCUUCCUCCGUUUCUUCGCACCAGCAAUUCUCUCCCCAAACCUCUUCCAGUUACGACCGCACCAUCCAGACCCUGCCACUUCUCGAACCCUUACUCUCAUCUCCAAAACUAUCCAGACUCUUGGAAGUCUCGCCAAAUCGAAAUCUGCCAAUUUCAAAGAGUCCUACAUGGCGGCAUUUUACGAUUACUUUAAUGAGCAGAAGUAUGCUGAUGCAGUGAAAAAUUUCUUAGAUCUUAUUUCAACAUCAGGAAAGUGGGAUCAGAAAAGCAUCGAAACACCUAUCAUGCUAAAAGAAGGGUUUAUGAUAAAGCGAGCCCAAGGUAGAAAUCGUUUUGGUAUGAAGAACUUCAAGAAGAGGUGGUUUCGUCUCACUAACCAUGAAUUCACCUACCACAAAACCAAAGGAGAGGGCGCCCUGUGCAGCAUUCCCAUAGAGAACAUCCUGGCAGUGGAGCGACUGGAGGAGGAGUCUUUCAAAAUGAAAAAUAUGUUCCAGGUCAUUCAGCCAGAGAGGGCGCUCUACAUUCAGGCCAAUAACUGUGUGGAGGCCCGUGAUUGGAUUGAUAUUUUGACCAAAGUGAGCCAGUGUAACCGCAAACGCCUCAGCACGUACCACCCCUCAGCUUACCUCAACGGCCACUGGCUCUGCUGCAAACUGUCUGCAGAUACAGCUCCUGGUUGUACCCCCUGCACCGGAGGUCUUCCUGCUAACAUACAGCUAGACGUUGAUGGAGAUCGAGAAACUGAAAGGAUCUACUCCCUGUUCAGUACAUACAUGAACAAACUCAUCAAUAUGCAAGAGGCGUGUGGCAGUAAGUCAGUGUACGAUGGUCCAGAGCAGGAGGAGUACUCGAGCUUCGUCAUUGAUGAUCCUCAGGAAACCUACAAAACUCUGAAGCUCAUCGUGUCAGCCGUGCACACCCUGGAGCAACAGCACACCAAAUACAAACGAGACAAGUUCAAGAAGACCAAGAUUGGCAGUCAGGAGCAUCCAAUUGGAGAUAAGAGUUUUCAGUGCUACAUUCGACAGCAGUCUGAGAGCUCCACUUACUCAAUUUAAGCGCUCUGAACCUGGCAACCAGCAAAUCCUUCUAUACUGUCUGAAGACCCACCUCAGCUACGGCUAUGCCCAGUGUCCAGGUGUGCUCAUUUUACCUGCUCGCAAGACUUGGAUAAAGGAUUUCCAAGCUUAUACUGGACAGAAUAAGCUGUUUUGGGGUCCUUUUUUUGCAUUGGUGCAUUGGUCCAAUAUAAUGAGAACCUUGGAUUUCAACAAGGCGAUGAAGAACCAGUCUGGGAAAUUCAAGAUGAAGUUUGAGCAUUCGUUUGAACAAAUUCACUGGACAAUUUUGACAGUGACACGCACUUUAACUGUCCGCAAAUAUAUGGAUGAGCAAGCAGAACACUUUGAGCUUAUUUUGUUGUAAUUUCAUUCGUUGUGCUUUGGACAGACCAAAUUUAAGAAAGAUGGACUGUAUUUUUCCAUUUUUGGGAGGUGUUGUGCCCAUAUAUUUUUAUUGUUUUUGUUCCUAACCUCCUCAGGAAGGCUGUGAGGGUCGAGGGCACACACGAAGGGACCAGACACAGCCCAAAGCGUUUCAGACUCACGAUGUUUGUUGUUUUAAAUUGUGCUUAAAGAUGUUGUAUCUUAUCUCCACAUUUCAAAGCCUUGUUACAGUCCCUUUGUAACUGGUACAGUGGUUAAAGUAGUGGUUUUAACAGUUUUUUUAAUGCGACAAAUUACUUUAUGCUUUUAUUGAUUAUCUGCAUUUUUGCCAAAUCACAUCCAGUUCAUAAUGCAGUUGUAUAUUUAAGAUUUUUUCUUUUACAAUUAAUAUUUAGACC